AUGAAGACCAUUCUCUCCAUUGCUCUCAUGGUCCUGGCUCUCUGUCUGGUGUCUGAAGCCCAAGCUGUCAAAGUACAGGAGGGAGACUUUUUUUUCUCACUGGAAUCAGUGAAGAAGCUCCAGGAACUGACAGCAGAGGGCAGCAAUGUAAACAGGAUGCAGAAUCCUCGUCUCACCAGCACCAGCUUUGCUUCUGUCUGUGCUAACCCUUCCCUGCCACAGGAGUUCAUGCCCCUUUGCAUGAAGAGAGGGGCAAGCAUGUCUCUCUCAAGACUAGCUGCUGUGCCUAUGGACAUCUGUGAGAUCUGUGCCUUUGCUGCCUGCACAGGCUGUUAG